AUAACUCCAAGGUUCAACUUAGAAAGAAAUGGAGUUCACAGCGGCCAUGUUCAGACUAGCCUUCGUGAUCCUUUUUGCACAAUAAAGAACGGGAGGGGCAGGUGCCAGGAUGGUUAUACAAAAGAAGUUGUUGGACCAGGAGGAGUGCCUGUUCUUGUUGCUGUAAGAGCAAAACCUAAUCGAAACGCUAGCAGUGUUUUAGACAGAGAGUUCUAUGUCAGCUUUCUUAAUGUCUUAAACCAAGCAGAAAAUGCUGGUAGAUUCAAUUUUACAACACAAUUUCCUUAUUACAGAGAAGUACUUUACAAACCGGAUUUUCGGGGCAAGCAUUUUGGGAAGAAUCUUGUGUUUGAUAUGGAUAUGAGCGGUGGAGACUUUCUAGCUCUCUUUUAUCUACUCAAUUUACCUGUAGAAGAUAUCAAUCUCAAAGCUAUACUAGUGAGUCAGACUGGAUGGGCAAAUGCUGCAACAAUUGAUUCUGUGUAUGAUUUGCUUCAUAUGAUGGGUCGUGAUGACAUUCCUGUGGGCCUUGGAGAUGUAUUCGCAAUGAACCAGUCUGAUCCUGUUUUCUCUGCCGUUGGAAACUGCAGAUACAACAAGGUCAUUCCACAAGGUAGCGGUGGAUACCUAGACUCAGACACUCUUUAUGGUUUAGCUCGUUCGUUACCUCGAAGUCCUAGGAGAUACACAGCAGAAAAUUCUGCAAAAUUUGGAGCUCCCCGAGAUACCGAUCAUCCUGAACUCAGACAACCUCUAGCAUCGGAAGUAUUGGAGUCAGUGGUGAAAUCACUCGAUCCUGGAUCGAAAAUUUCUAUUUUAACCAAUGGCCCAUUGACUAAUAUAGCAAAGAUCGUUUUGGAAGGCAAGAAUACAAGCAAGGCUAUACAGGAUAUACUAAUUGUGGGGGGACACAUCAAUCAUGAUAACACAGAGAAGGGAAAUGUGAUCAAUGUUCCUUCUAAUAAAUUUGCGGAACUGAAUAUGUUUCUUGACCCUUUGGCUGCAAAGACAGUUUUGAGUUCUGAACAUAAUAUCAUUCUCAUUCCACUUGGCAUACAACGGAAAGUCAGUGCAUUCCAUCAAAUUCUUGAAGGACUCUACACGACAAGGACACCUGAAGCAUUAUUUAGGAGGCGCUUGAUAUCAAGGUUAUAUCGCCUGCAAAAAUUACAUCAUGUCUACCAGCAUCUGGAUAUGUUUGUUGGUGAGAUCCUUGGAGCAGUAGUAGCUGGAGAUCUCUCUGCACUAAAAUCAACCUUUGAAGUGAAGAAAUUAAAAGUCAGUGCUACAGGAGUUGAAUCUGAAGAUGGUGAAAUUAUUAUUGACAAGGAGCACGGAAAAGCAGUAAAAGUAUUGGAGAAUGUGGAUCCAUCAGCUUAUUACAAUGUUUUGGCAAAACGACUUGGGGAUGAAAAGCAGUUUGCUGUAAUUGGAAGCUUCAAUGAGCAGAGAAGAAUUUGGAGUAUACCUUCCGUUUAA